AUGCACAUCUACCGCUCCGGCAAAUCGUCUUACUCUUACUCCUCCGGUCCUCCUCGGGUCGGACAAGACCGUCCUGCAGGUAAGAGUACAAGAGGAUUCGAUACGGUUUUUGUAAAAGUUAAAUUGCUAAACCAGGUGAGGUCUUUCGCUGCAGAUGCGAUCCUGAUUUUUUGGGGUCGAUAGCAGACGUAACCGUGAAGGUGGCGAGACGUGAGGACCCAAUCGCGAUCGGUCGCAGUCCGCUUGCAGUUCAGGCGAGGAGAGGAAAUGUAGGUUGUGGGUGUUAUCAAGGCGCGGGAGGAUGUGACCGUGAUACUUAUAUGCUUACCGAUCAGGCUACUAGCAGAAGACGAAAACAGAGCCCGCCGCGAUCGUCGAAAUAUCGCUGGGGGUCGAAAUGAGGAAAUCCUUCUAAUAUCCGCGAAAAUCAUCGUUCGCGAAGUGAUAUAGGAGAGCGGGAUAAAUUCUUCAUGUGAAUAAGAUGAAAGCGUGGCGAUGUUAGGUGGUAGCAGACCCAGUCUGGGGCUGGCAUUGGGGAUGAGAGCUCGAAAUCGCGGAGGCCAGGACGAAUUCCUGAUGAGGGUCGCGGUAAGCGAAACGGAGGUGUAUUAAAGUGUGUACGUCAACAUGGCCCCACCACUUCAUUGAGGGGGUUGGUUAAGGAGGACAUCGCGUUCCGUGAAGGACACGUUACAUGGGCUGAAUAGUCGAAAAGUUGAAAUUUUUGAUGAGAUCCAAGAAAGCGAAACCACACCCAGAGGGAGAAAUAUGAGCGGACACGGCAAUUUGUUGGCGGGGUCCCAUAUUACCGAUGUUACUUUCUCAAUGUCAUGGAGAAAGUCGCCCGGGAGGGAUGUGGAGAAUAAAAUUUAAUGGUUUAUAUGAAAACCAACAACCUCUUGCCCAAUGCAUAAUGCGGUUACCGCAGGGGAAGAUCGUGCGCGACGAAAUUGCUGUAUAAAAUGCAAAGUUGGACAAGAGCACUGGAUGCAAAACACACUGCGCAUGUGGCCUGUAUGGAUUUCCGGAAGGCGUUCGCUAGUGUUCCGCAUCAGCAUCUCAUGAACAAGUUGAGAGUCAUGGGAAUCGGCGGCAAAUGGGUCGAGAAUUUCCUCGUGACCGUUCCCACAUUUUCUGCUUAGAACAACAGCAAUCAAGACGCUCAUUCAUAGAGAGUGGAGCCUCACAAGUCUCCGUGCUCGUACCAACCCUCUUUCUCUUGUUCAUCAAUGAUUGUGUAGAUGGGUUGAACUGUGAUAGUGCCAUGUUUGCGGAAUAAAAAUCUGGAAAGUCAUCCAGAAUGCUGCCGAUGAGAUCAACUUCCAAGAAAAUCUUUAUGGAUUGGACGAGUGGUUCCGCAGAUGGCUCUUGUCCUUCAAUUUGAACAAAUGUACCAUACUGCGUCUUGGAAAUCAGACCCUAGUACGGGGCAGUAUUGUCUGACCGGAAUGCCAAUUUGAGAAGCGGAAACGCAGAAAGAUCUAGGAGUUUGGGUUGCAGACAGCCUAAAGCUUUCUGCACAAUGCUGUAAGGCGGCCAAGGCCGCAACUUCAAUGUUAUAUGCCAUCAAGCGGGCAUUCGCGGUUUUCGAUGAAGACUGCUUCUCAAAAGUCUUCGGCACGUUUGUAAGGCCGCAUCUCGAAUAUGUAAUUCAGGCCUGGAGACCGUGGACGCAGCGGAAUUUCAAUCUGAUCGAAAGGGUGCAGAGGCGAGCAACAAAAUAAAUAAGAGGUCAAGGUGCACUGCCAUACGACAUCCGCCCAAACAAACGUACACUCUAUCCUCUAAGUUAUAAGCAGUUUCGCGGAGACUUGAUAAAACUUUCCCUAUCGUGCGUGGCUUGAACUGCGCCCUCCCGGUCGACAACUUUUUCCAACUCGCCACUACAACUAACCGCCGGGGACAUCCCUUCAAACAACGUGUGCCCCAAGGUAGAUUAAAUGUGAGAAAGCAUUUCUUCUCCAACCGCGUUGUGGAACCGUGAAAUAACCUGCCCGUGACCAUUGUUAUGUCUCAAUCUGUGAAGAGACUUAAAUGUCGGCGUGAAAGACAGAUGCUGCAGCAACAAGCGGACUGUGUGACUUUGUGACCAUAAAACCAGUGACCUAUGUUAAUCGAUGUCUGCAUUCACUUCAUGCUGUAAUUUCUUCACUGUUUUGCUUAUUUUCCCGAUUUUUCAUGUGCAAAUAGAGAGUCCAAAGGCGUAAGCCUAUUUCCCUUAAAUACGCUGACUGACUGACUGAAUACUCGCUCACCUCCUCAUCCUACCUCUUCUUUCUCUUCGUCUGCCUAUUCUUCUCCUUCGCCAUUUUCUCCACCUCCUUCCCGUCGCCCCACUCGUUGUCACCAGACUGGCAGGGUGAGUCCGCUCACUCUGGCAGCCUGGCAUGUUCUUUCCCUUUUAGACAAUCCGAGGAGCAACCGACCGGAACGAAGGACGGCGCUAGUGGCACGGGAACUGGCGCGCUACAAGGUGGACAUCGCCGCACUCAGCGAUGCCCGAUUCUCCGAACAAGGCCAACUGGAGGAGGUGGGUGCGGGCCACACCUUCUUCUGGAGCGGUCGGCCCAGGGCAGAGCGACAGGACGCGGGUGUCGCCUUCGCCAUUCGGAACGACAUCGUGGGACGAUUGCCCUGUUUGCCGCAGAGCAUCAACGAUCGCCUGAUGAGCCUCCGCCUGCCUCUCUGGGGAGGCAAAUUCGCCACCAUCAUCAGCGUCUACGCUCCGACGAUGACCAACCCCGACGCCGUCAGAGACAAAUUCUACGAGGACCUGCACGCACUCUUGGCGACUGUGUCGAAGGCGAACAAGUUGAUUGUCCUCGGUGACUUCAACGCCCGCGUCGGCACAGACCAUACUGCCUGGAGAGAAGCGCCAUUCUCUCUUAAAGGCCUGCAGCUUCUCUGA